CUGGUCUCCCCGGCUGGAGAAGGGUCGGUAUCUGCUUCACCUCAUUGGGCAGUGAAGGAAAACAAGCCCCUUGGAUCAGCCCUGCUGGACUGAUGCGGUCAUUGGAGCUGAGAGCAGGAGCCCGAGGCUGAGCGCUACGCAGUGCCAGAGGGAGCUUAUUUUGCCAUCUACUAGCCCAAGAAGAUGUCCAGCACCCCAGUAGCUGUGGUGACUGGGGCCAACAAAGGGAUUGGCUUUGCUAUUGUGCGGGCUCUGUGUAAGCAGUUCACUGGGGAUGUGUACCUGACAGCCCGUGACCCAGGAUUGGGUCAGGCUGCAGUGGCAAACCUGCAGGAGGAAGGACUGCGUCCGCUUUUCCACCAGCUGGACAUCAACGAUAUGCAGAGUAUCCGGACUCUGCGGAACUUCCUGAAGGAGAAAUACGGGGGGCUGAAUGUGCUGGUUAACAACGCAGGGAUCGCUUUCAAAGUUGCUGAUACCACUCCAUUUGCUACUCAAGUAGAGGUUACACUGAGGACAAACUUUUUUGCAACAAGGGAUUUCUGCACAGAGUUGCUACCGCUCAUAAAGCCUCAUGGUAGAGUGGUGAAUGUAUCUAGUACGGUAAGCGUAUCUGCUUUGGCAAGAUGUAGCGAGGACCUGCAGCAGAAGUUUCGCAGUGAGACAAUCACUGAAGAGGAGCUAGUGAAGCUCAUGACAAAGUUUGUGGAAGAUGCCAAGAACGGAGUGCACGAGAAGGAGGGCUGGCCAAAUACUGCUUAUGGUGUGUCCAAAAUUGGAGUCACGGUCUUGUCCAGAAUUCAGGCCCGAAUGUUGAAUGAGAAAAGGAAAGCUGAUCAAAUUCUUCUUAAUGCCUGUUGCCCUGGAUGGGUGAGAACCGACAUGGCAGGUCCCAAGGCCACAAAAAGUCCAGAUGAGGGAGCUGAGACUCCUGUUUACUUAGCCCUUUUAGCCCCUGAUGCUGAUGGCCCUCAUGGCCAGUUUGUUAGUGAAAAGAAAGUGCAAAAGUGGUAAACUUGCCUUGACAAUCCUUUUAUUUCAAUACGUGGAAGGCAGUCCAGAAAUAGUACCAGGGUAUUACUGAUUUAUUGUUGGUGCCAAUAAUAAAGUAUCUUUCUUUUCUUUUUUUUUUUAUUUUGUUUUCUUUUUAGGGUUUAUAGAAUACACAAAGUUUCUGUUAUUACAAAAUAAUUGCAGUUUAGAAUAGCGCAUGACUUAAACUGUGCCUUAAUUUAGUUUUUAAAAGUCUGAAAAGUGUUGAAAUAAAAUAUAGUUUAAUACGCUGAAA